AUCUCGCGAUAAGUAACGAGAUUUGCCCGUUUUAACAUCAGUCGGAAACCCCGUCGCACCCUCUUCCCUUCGCUGUCCACAAGCAAGAUGCCAGGUGUCACAGUGAAAGACGUCAACCAGCAGGAGUUUGUCCGUGCCCUGUCGGCUUUCCUGAAGAAGUCAGGAAAGCUGAAGGUGCCUGACUGGGUGGACCUGGUCAAGCUGGGUAAGCACAAGGAGCUGGCCCCCAGUGAUGAGAACUGGUUCUACAUCAGAGCAGCAUCCACAGUGCGCCACCUGUACCUCCGUGGAGGUGCUGGUGUUGGCUCCAUGACCAAAAUCUAUGGAAGUCGCCAGAGGAAUGGCGUGUGCCCUGCCCAUUACAGUGUAGGAUCCAAGAACGUUGCUCGUAAGGUGCUGCAGGCCCUCGAGCUGCUCAAGAUGGUUGAGAAAGAUCCCAAUGGUGGUCGCAGACUUACUGCCCAGGGAACCAGAGACCUGGAUAGAAUUGCUGGCCAGGUUCACAGCCAUAACGCCACCGACAAACCACCGCCAAACCCACAAUCCCUGCUGCCGGUGAGUGGAUCAGCUGAUGCAGUGUACUGAUCAAAGUACAUAUAAAUUGGUUGCAGCUGCAAACAAGACAAAAAUUGUUCAAUAAAUCUUUUUUGGAGAAAGUCAA